AUGAGAGGUGAUAGAUCUAAGAGGAAGGUUGCAAAGUAUCAAAAAAAGGAAUCUGCCAGGGUGAAACGACUACGAAGGUCUUCCUUUAACGCUUUGCAACGUAAUAUUGAAGUCUUCAAUGACAACAAAGAGUUUCUCAACAAGUAUGAAAAUUUGGAAUUGGACUUGAGCGAUCCUGAGAAUCGCACUCACUUAUUAUCCGAGUAUAACGACGAUUUAACACAAAGCGAUGGUGAAUCAAAGGCUGAUAAUCAUAAUGAUUCCUAUGAUACAAUUCCUGUAAUAGAUAUUGACUCAGGUGAUGAAGGGAUAGUAUCAGAUAUAAAAAUAAGUGGUGGGAAGCUUGAAGAUAACGAUGACUUUAUUGCGUUUUCUUCUAGUUCAGAAGAUGAAAACAGCGGCGCUGAAAAUAACGAGUCAGAAGAUUAUUUAUCCAGUGGGAACACAAGUAGUGAUGAUGAAUUAGCCGGAAGGAGAAAUGCUGAGAGAGAACUAAAUGCAGACUUUCCAUGGUUGCUAAAUCAUGAUCACUCGAAGCAGAAGGAAAUAUCAGACUGGCUCACAGCGGAGAUUCGAGAUUUUGUUGCAUAUAUAUCACCUAGCCGAGAGGAAAUCGAAACAAGAAACAAAACAAUAGCGAAGAUACGGCGGUCAGUGAAACGUUUAUGGACAGAUGCAGACCUUCAAGUGUUUGGGUCUUAUGCAACAGAUAUGUAUUUACCGGGGUCUGAUAUUGACUGUGUGGUUAAUAGUAAAAGUGGUGAUAAAGAAAAUAGACAGUACCUAUAUGAGUUGGCCAGGCAUCUAAAGAACGAUGGUCUAGCUACUAGGGUGGAGGUAAUAGCAAAAUCAAGGGUUCCGAUCAUAAAAUUUGUUGAACCUGAGUCUGAUAUACACAUAGAUGUGUCGUUUGAAAGAUCCAACGGUUUGGAAGCCGCAAAAUUGAUUAGAGAGUGGAUUGGUGAUACUCCUGGUCUAAGAGAACUAACGUUAGUAGUCAAACAAUUUUUACAUGCUAGGCGACUAAACGAUGUCCAUACUGGAGGUCUCGGUGGGUUCAGUAUCAUCUGUCUUGUAUUCUCGUUUUUACGUCUUCACCCAAGGAUUAUCACUGGGGAUAUCGAUCCCUUGGAUAACCUUGGUGUGCUUUUAAUCGAAUUCUUUGAACUCUACGGUAAGAACUUUGCAUACGACGAUGUUGCUAUCUGUGUUGAUGACUCCCGUGCCACUUACAAGCCGAAGACCAGUUGUAGGUUCUAUCCACCUGCAAGGACCUCCUUCACCCUGGCCAUACAGGAUCCUGGCGAUCCAACGAACAAUCUGAGUCGGGGCUCGUUCAAUGUCCGUGACAUCAAGAAGUCCUUCUCUGGUGCCUUUGAUCUGCUCGUCAACAAAUGUUUCGAGCUCGAUGCCGCAACGUUCAAGAACAGAGUGGGCAAGAGCAUCCUGGGAAACGUCAUCAAGUACCGCGGUGCCCCUAGGGACUUCAACGACGAGAGGGCGCUGGUGGAGAACAGGGCGAUCAUAGAGAAUGAGCACUACCACAGGAAGCGCGCCCGCGUAGUGCAUGCAGACGAUGAAGAUACAUCUGACGAGGAUGACAUGUUCAUCAAUAUAAGUGCAAACGAGGAAGAAACUGAGGAGAUGUACAAAGUCGAGAAAGUCGAGAAAGUCGUAAAGAAGAGAAAGAUAGCGAAGGCCGAUACCAAUACCAAGACCAAGACCAAGACCAAGGCCAAGGCAAGAAACCACACCAGCAUAGAUCAACUGAUGGGCAUCCCCGAGGAUGAAGAACCACCCGUGAUCCAAGAAAGGGAGAAAAAGUCACUGAGCAUGCAGGACAAGAGGGACUACUGGCUCUCCAAGGGUCAGGCACUAUAG